AUGAGUGCAAAUCCGGAGAUAAACCUCCCGAGAGACUCUGAGCUCGGAGAGUGCGCAGAUUCAAAAAGCCAAGCGGGAAUAAGCAUAUUGCCGGAUAUGCGCAGGCCUUCCGCAGAGGAACCGAGGGAUCGAAAUUCCACAGCGGAACCAGAUAACGACCCGGAGACAGACUCCCACUAUGGAAAACAAAGCACCAGUAGCGAGUUCAUACCGCAAGAGAACGUGCAGGGCUCUGAAAUCGUUUGGCGUUAUCUCACAUUCGACACCGAACUCCCACACGCGACCACGAUAUAUCCGACUCAAACCGACCAAGAAGCGCCACCUGAACCUCCGAACCUCGUCAAAUACACAAAUCCUUUCGACUGGUCAGAGACAAGAAAGAGAUUCACGAUAUGUGUCUCAUGCAUCAUCACCGCUCUCACAGCGUUCUCGGCUGGCGCUUACAGCCCCGGUGUUGAGCAGAUGACGCAGGAAUGGGGCGUCAGCAGUGUUGCAGCGCUGGUCGGGAUCACGACCUUCACGACAGGAUUCGCUAUCGCGCCGAUGGUUCUUGCCCCGUUUUCUGAGAUCAACGGUCGCCGGCCAGUCUUCCUCGCUUCAGGCAUUUUGUUCGUCAUCUGCCAGCUGUGCUCUGGCCUCACGCAGUCAUAUGCUGGAAUGCUCGUCGCGCGCUUCUUCUUGGGCGUGGGCGGAUCUACCUUCUCCACUAUGGUUGGUGGCGUGGUCUCAGACAUCUACCAUGCUGAGGAUCGGAACACACCCAUGGCCCUAUUUUCAGGUGCUGCUCUCUUUGGUACUUCAUGGGGGCCUCUAGUAUGUGGCUUCAUUGCGCAAAACACGACUUGGAGAUGGAUAUUCUACGUACAAGCCAUCUCAUGCGGAGCGGUGGUGGUGCUGAUCUGUGUCGUAUUCAAGGAGACCCGCGGCUCAGUUCUCCUAUCCAGGAAAGCUAAAGCCUUGAACAAGUGGUACGAGGCACGCGAGAAGUCUGGCUACUAUGGCUUUAAUGUCCACAAGACCGAAAAGCCCGGAUCGAUGGAGGCUUUACGUUUGAGGUGGAAGGUGCGAUCCGAUGAAGAACGAGCUUCACUCGGCAAGAUGAUAGGCGUUUCUCUCUACCGCCCAUUUCAUCUUCUCUUCACCGAACCUGUCGUGUUCUGGUUCUCCCUCUGGGUAGCCUUCUCCUGGGCCGUACUCUACCUCACAUUGGCAGCAAUUCCGCUAGUGUUUCAGAGCAACCACGGCUUCUCGCUACAACAAGCCAACGCAGUCUUCGCAUCGAUGGGUAUAGCCAGCAUCCUGUCGACCAUAUUAUCCAUCUACCAAGAGAAGAUUGCGAAGAAGAGCGGGAAGUUGACCGGCACACCAGAAGGUCGCCUUUACUUCGCUUGUAUAGAAAGCGCUUGCAUGCCCAUCGGCCUCUUCAUGUUCGGAUGGACAAGCUUCCCCGAGAUACAUUGGGUUGUACCCGCAAUUGCGAUCGGUAUCGCUACCGUUGGCAUCUUUAGCAUCUACCUGGCGACCUUCAAUUUCCUCGCAGACACGUAUCAUCGCUAUGCGAGUUCGGCACUGGCGGCGCAGUCUUUCUGCCGGAAUAUGCUUGGUGGCAUAUUCCCACUCAUCACGACCCAAAUGUAUAAUAAGCUUGGGUAUGGUCCUGCGAGCAGUCUGCUCGGUGGGAUUGGUGCGUUGUUGACCAUUGUGCCGUGGAUUCUGGUGUUCUACGGACCUAGGAUUAGAGCAAGGAGUAAGUUCGCAAGUGAGAUUAUGGAUGUCACCUCUUGA